AUGCCCAGCAUCGUACAGCUUCACAACAACGCGAUGCAUCCACGGGGUUUUAACGACGAAAUUCCGGUGGAUUUGGAGGGAGGACGGUUGAUCGAUAUGACACAAGAAGAAGAGGUCGAUUCAGCAGACGGAGCGCGUGUGAGCAUAAUGACAUAUCGAAUUGAGACGCCGGAUGGGAGUGAAUUGACGAAAACCGUGAGGAGAAAGUUAUUUCAAAUCAAUGGAGAUUUGAUUCAU